AUGCUAGCUCACAAGCUAGAUCAAGCCACCCUUACAUCUCCAAGCUCUUCUUCACAACAAGUCAUGUGUUGUGAAAAUUGUGGAGGAAAUGAUCACUUGUCCUCCUAUUGCAACUCAACUAACCAAGAGCAAGCUGCGACUAUUGGGCAAAGAAACGAUCAAUACUCUCAACCCUUCAAUCAAGGUUGGAAACCCCAACAAAAAACGGGUUGGAAACAACAAAACCAAGGCCCCCCUCAAAACCAAUACAACCAAUCUCAUCCACAAAACCAACAAGCUCCUUACCGUCACCCUAACCAAAGGGACCAAAACCAACAAAGGCAACAAUAUAACCAACCCGCUCCUCCACCUCCUCAAAAAUCUAGCCUUGAAGCCGCACUUGAGACCUUCAUUACACAACAAGGAAGAAGCAAUGCGGAUAUGCAAGCAAACAUCCAAAAACUUCAAGCACACAACAAGAUAAUUGAGAAUCAAUUGGCUCAAAUUGCACAACAAGUUGGAAGUUCAUCCUCCAAUCCUAGUGGUCACUUCCCAAGCUCAACGGUUGUGAACCCAAAGGAGCAAGCUAAGGCCAUUACUUUGAGAUCGGGGAGAGGUUAUGAAGGGCCAGGUAUGAGUGAAGAGGACCCACAAAAGAGAGAUGAGGGAGUUGUGGUGAGAAAUGAGGGUGAGUUUGAAAAUGAGAUAGUUGAUGUUGAGAGAAAGGAGCCACAAAGUAAGAAUGAGGGAGAUGAGGAAAAGGUAGAAAAGCCCCCCAUGAAAGUAUACAAGCCUCCCAUUCCAUUCCCUCAUAGGAUUGUUGAAAAGAAAUUGAAUGAAAAGUUUUCAAACUUUCUUGAAGUCAUGAGAGGACUUCAAGUGAAUAUCCCCUUUCUUCAUGCUAUGUCACAAAUGCCUACAUAUGCAAAACUUUUGAAGGAUCUUUUAUCCAACAAGAGUAGGCUUGAAGAGAGUGCAACCAUCUCCCUUCCUAAGGAGGUGAGUGCAAUCAUUCAAAACAAGCUUCCUCAAAAGCUUGGUGACCCCGGUAGCUAUGCAAUACCGGUGAAGAUUGGAGAUUUGGAGGCUAUGGAUGCUUUAUGUGAUUUUGGGGCAAGUGUGAGUUUGAUGCCCUAUUCUAUUGCUAAGAGUUUGAAAGUGGGAGACUUGAAGCCAACAAGAAUGUCCUUACAAUUGGUUGACCGCACGGUUAGGUUACCUUUGCGAAUUCUUGAAGAUGUGCCGGUUCAAGUUGGAAGAGUAUUUGUGCCAUGUGAUUUUGUGGUAAUGGAAAUGGAAGAAGAUAAUACGGUGCCCCUAAUCUUGGGAAGACCGUUUUUGAACACCGCGGGUGUUGUGAUUGAUAUGAAGCAAGGAAGAUUAACCUUGAAUGUGGGAGAUGAGAAAAUAUCAUUUUCAUUCCCACAAACAUUGAAAAAGCCAUUGUAUGAUGAAGUUCAUAGAGUUGAUACAUUGGAAAGGGACUUAGAGAAGUUCCAAGAGAAUUUGUUUGAAGGAGAUCCUUUACAAGCUAUCUUAACGGGAGGCUUAGUUGAGGAAGGUGAAGAAACAAGGGGGUAUGAUCUUUUGCUCAACCAACCUUUAGUCCACAACGAAAAGAAAGUGAAAGUGCUUAAUGUGGAGGUAAAAGAGGAGAGGACUACGCCUCCUCACAAGGUUGAACUUAAACCCCUUCCUCCUUUACUUAAAUAUGCUUUUCUUGAUGAUAGUGAGAGUUAUCCCGUUAUUGUCAGUGCUAAACUUGAUGAUACCUCUCUUGGGAAACUCCUAGUUGUUUUAAGGGAGUAUAUAGGUGUCAUUGGGUACAAAAUUGAUGACAUUAAGGGGAUAAGUCCUACUAUAUGCAUGCAUAAGAUUUUACUUGAUGAUGAUCAUGCUUCCUCGAUUGAGCACCAAAGAAGGCUCAAUCCAAACAUGAAGGAAGUUGUGAAAAAAGAAGUUUUAAAACUUCUUGAAGUGGUAUUGGAAACAUGUCAAGAGGUGAACGUGGUCUUGAAUUGGGAAAAAUGUCAUUUCAUGGUAGAAGAAGGAAUUGUUCUUGGUCAUGUAAUUUCUAGUAGGGGCAUUGAAGUAGAUCGUGCCAAAAUUGAGGUCAUUGAGCGCCUCCCACCCCCUACAAAUGUGAAGGGGAUAAGGAGCUUUCUUGGACACGCAGGUUUUUACCGCCGGUUCAUAAAGGAUUUUUCAAAAAUCGCAAAGCUGCUCACUCAAUUGUUGGUAAAGGAUGCCCCCUUUGUGUUUACUAAUGAUUGUUUGCUAGCAUUUGAUAGGUUGAAGGAGGCAUUUAUUUCGGCUCCUAUCAUUCAACCCCCUAAUUGGGAGCUUCCUUUUGAGCUUAUGUGUGAUGCUUCGGAUUUUUCCGUUGGGUCCGUUCUUGGACAAAGGAAGGAUAAGAAGCUCCAUGCUAUCUACUACACUAGCAAAACUUUGGAUGAUGCACAAAGGAAUUACACAACCACGAAAAAGGAGUUUCUAGCCAUUGUUCAUGCAAUUGAGAAGUUUAGGUCAUACUUGUUGGGAUCUAAAAUCAUAGUCUUCACCGACCAUGCGGCCUUGAAGUACCUCUUGUCCAAGAAGGAACCAAAGCCAAGAUUGAUACGGUGGAUCUUGCUCUUACAAGACUAUGACAUUGAGAUUAGGGACAAGAAGGGUGCCUAA